UAGCGCAAGAGGAAACUUCUCGGUAUUAGAAGUUAUUGUACUUCUGAAUGGCAAUCUGAUUAUAUUUAUUUUGGUUUUUUCUAAGAAAUGUCAUGUUGUUUUCCGUAGUUUGAUGCUGUCUCUAAAAGAAGCACCAUGUUUCAUAGCUUUCUUGAGGGCUUCAGGCGAAUUGCUCCUUCCAACAAUGAUCCAAACAGGGUUAUAGAAGUCCAUGCAGAUGACUACAUCUGUAACAGUGUGGUAUGCCGGGAUGACUGUUUGGUUUUGUAUAAGACAUCAGAGAAUGAUACAGCAAAGCUUGAUAUCGUGAUGCAGAUUGAUAUUAAUCAUACUUAUAAUAAAGCAUACAGCAUCUACCGAACAAAUGAUGAAAUAGCUGGCCAGUUGCUAUUCUGCAAAUUUAGAGAGAAACUGCCAUUACUUGUACAAUGCGUGCCUGAAAUUGGAACAUCCAAAUUCAUUCUUCAGAAUGUUUCUCAAUUAAUAAGAGAAAAGCCUACUUGGACUGCUGCUCAUAUAGCUGCUCAUUUUGGGUAUACUGAGUGCUUUAAGAAUAAAACAAUUCAGAGCCAAAUAAAUGAUGUGUGUGAGGAUACUUUGAUGACACCUUUACAUGUUGCUGUCAAGGCUCAGCAAAUAUUUUCAGUCAUGUGUUUAGUAGAUCUGGAUGCAAGAUUGGAUAUACUGGAUGUAAAUGAAGAAACAGUAUUCCAUUAUGCUGCUACAACCACCAAAGACAUAAUUCAAGUAUUGACAAGAAAACCUGUCCAUUCAAUUAUAAAUAUUUUUAAUAAUAAAGGUUUUACUCCAUUUCAUUUGGCUUGUAUGGCUGAUAAAACUGAAUGUGUUAUGGAACUCCUUAAAGCAGGAGUUGAUGUGAACUUACGUGUGGCAUUAAAAGAGGAAAAUUUGUCAACUAAUUCUGAUUCACCAUCAAGGUGCAUGAAAGAUGUGCUGGACACAUACAGCAAUCGAUUUUUUAACAGUGAUAUAAAGCAUGGUGGAACACCUCUUCAUUGGUCUAAAACGCCUGAACUAACUGAAGUUCUUAUUGAGCAUGGUUGUAAUGUAAAUGCUAAAAAUUUUAUGGGUGAUACUGCACUGCAUGUCAUGGUGAAGCGCAGUCGGCUUUCUUGUGCUGUUGUAUUGCUUAGUCAUCACGCUGAUGCAGACAUCCAGAAUAAUGAGGGAAAUACAGCACUUCAUCUUGCUGUGAAAAGUGGAGAUUUAUGCCUUGUACAGACUUUCAUUACAUUUGGUGCCAGUGUGAAUGUGAUUAACAAUAAAGGCGAAACAGCUCGGCAUUUAGCUGCAACUGAAAAGAAGUGUGCAUUAGGAGAAAUAUUGUACGCUCUUCAUAUGAUUGGAGCAGAGCGAUGUUCAAUUCCUAUGCAUUCAUGUAAUGAAGGCUGUAAUAGUUAUGGACAGUUUAAUGGUAUUCCUCCAGAAAAUUGUGCUUUCUCAAAAAAAACUGAAACAUUAUUUGAGGAAGUGUUAUUGUCAACUGGAUAUCAUCCAAAUCAGUACCAGAAUCCUCCAAACACUGAAUCUUUUCCAAGUUGUCGUGUUCUGUGUUUGGAUGGAGGAGGAAUAAGAGGAAUGGUUCUUAUUCAGAUGCUUGAUGAGCUUGAAAGAAUUCUUGGGAAACCUGUUGUCCAGCAUUUUGAUUUAAUAGCAGGAACAAGCACUGGUGGAAUUUUAGCUUUAGUUUUAGCAACUGGUAAAUCAAUGAAAGAAUGUCGAUGUCUUUAUUUCCGUUUGAAAGACAAAGUGUUUGUUGGCGCUCGUCCUUAUGAUGCUGAUUUGUUGGAGUCCUUUCUGAAGAAAGAACUAGGCGAAUCAACAGUUAUGGGGGAUAUUGAGAAGCCAAAGAUUAUGAUAACUGCUACAAGAGGUGAUAGAAAACCUGCAGAUCUACACAUUUUUCGGAAUUAUAAAUCGCCAAUGGAAAUUCUGAAUCAUAUUGAAAAAGAUAUUCUUACUAAUGAGCCUCUUCCUAAUCCUAGAGAGCAGCUUAUAUGGCAAGCCGCAAGAGCUACAGGAGCUGCACCAACUUAUUUUCGUGCCUCAGGGCCUUAUAUCGAUGGAGGCCUCAUAUCAAAUAACCCCACCUUAGAUGCAAUAACAGAAAUCCAUCAGUGUAAUCAGUCAUUAACUGCAGUGGGCAAGGAAAAUCAAGUAUGCAAAAUCAAAGUUGUUGUAUCUAUGGGCACUGGAAGGCCUCCUCUUGUGCCUGUGGAUACAAUUGAUGUUUUCCGUCCAGAUUCUUUAUGGGGUGCUUGUAGAAUGGCUCUGGGAGUUACAAAUUUAGGCCAACUUUUGGUUGAUCAAGCUACACAAACUGAUGGUCGAGUUACAGCCCGGGCUCUUGCAUUGUGUGACAUGUUGAAUAUUCCUUACUUUCGUCUGAACCCUCAACUGACAGAAAAUGUUGCAUUAGAUGAGACCAAUACCAAAACACUUGUAAAAAUGUUAUGGGAGACAACUGCAUACAUGCGUUGUAUGAAGGAUGAACUAGAAGAGUUGAAGAAGUUACUGACUACAUGACUUAGUUGAUCUUAGUUGGUUACAUUUAGUAUUUAUCUUGGACUUUGAAAAUACCAUUUGGAAAUUCCACAUUUUGGUUUAAGGCAAAGAAAUAAUUCUGUGUGCAAUAAUAAAAAUUGCAGUUGAUUUUUAAUUGGAAAAGUAUGUUUAUACCUUCUCCCUUUUGUUAUUAUUGAUAUUAAAGGAUUAACACUUGAAAUGCAUUAUGGUUAUUAGUAAUCCAGACUUUUUUCUUGUAACUGUUAAAAGCAUGCUUGAAUAAUAUGACCAGUUAUUCAGACAAGAAAAUUCUUAAAAUAAAGGCCAAUUAUUGUUUAAAUAUAUUUAAUAAUUUAUGAGAGUAGUGUACUUAUAUAAUAUAAUAUAAACUAAUUGCGGACAAUCACUUAACAUACUGAAAAUUGCAACAAUAUUUUGUUAUUCAGGGGAAAAAAGGUGUUAGACUUGCAUCUCAGUUUUAAAUUGUUCAAUAAGUAGUAAACCUUUCCUUUCAGUCAAAUAAAUUUAAAAUACAGAAGUUUUAUGUAAUUCGAACUUAUUUUACUUUAUCAUGUAUGUAUUUGAUUACAUCGCAGAAUCUUUAGUAUAGAAAUAAACUUUAAUUUUAAUUAAAAAAAACUUUUGGAAAUUUUUGAUAAGUGGUACAAGUUACCAAGUUCUGAGCCAAGAAAGAAUUGCAAAAAAUAUGAGAUUAUUUGGUAUAUUAUGUUAUUAAUCUUUUUUUUAUUAUUUACUUUAUUUAAGUGUCCUGUACAAAUUGUACUAAAACUUUCGCUGACAACGAAUUUAUUAAGAAUUUCCCAAUGAACUUCAAUUUCUUAAAAGUGCAAUAUUAUCAAACUAAAGCAUAUACAUGAUAUAUUUGAAACAGGUUUUUAUGCUAUUUAAGAAGUAAUAUCACAGUCCUUGAAGAUAUAUUCUAAGAAAUAAAAUUAAGUAUUAUUUGUUAAGCAAAAUAUAAUUAGAGUUGCAUGUCAUUUUUAUAAUGAGGUAUAAGGCCUUUAUUUGGAUUAAAAUGAUAACAAUUAUUAAUCUGAAAAAUUAUGCUGAAAGUGGACAGAUCUUUUAAAUUUAAUUUGAUUCCAGAUUAUGCAUCCAAAAUCCAAGUUCAAUAUGCAGUUUUUAACAAAUAUAUUCAACAGUAGCUAAUUAAGAAUAUAAAGUAGUAUUCAAAAUUAUAAAAUGUGGACUAGACUAUUGAAUAGUUCUGUUUAGAUGUGGUGCAGUCACUCUUUUUGAUAUCAUAAUUUUGCAUGGAAUGAGGUAGUUUUAUGACGAAUAGCUUUACAUUUAACUAUUUAUAAAAGAUACAGUAUUUUCUAGCAUAUUUCAAACUAUGCAGUAUUUUUUCACCUUCUUGAACUUGGUAAUUAAAAAAAUAGUAACUUAAAUGUGUAGUUCUUGAUCCUUAAACGUGUGUUAUUUAGCAGCACAUACUGCUACAAUACGAUUUUUAGAAUUUUUAAUUUGAGUGUAUAUGCUGUAGAUACUUUAUAUAUAUAACUUUAUAGAAAAGAGAUUUUCCUUUGUGAACUAGUCCUGACAAAAUGACUUAAAAAUAAUUUUUUUAUAUAUUUAUUAUCUUCUAACCAAAAUGUUUUUUGCUGUGUGAAAAAUUGAUGAUUUAUGUUAAUUUUAAUGAAAUGAAUAUGUAUAAAAAAUCUAUAUAAAUAUGCUGUUUUAGUAUUUCUUCCUAUUUUGAAUUGAUUACAAUAUAUUGUAAACUAUGUUUGUAUAGUAAAAUUAGUUUUGUUGUUUAUUCCCCCCUUUUUCAAUAAAUAUACAAAUAUUUUUCCUUUCUACCAGAGGCAUACUGUGAAAUGAAGCUCUGGUGAUUAUUGGUAUAAUUUUCAAGUAAAUCUUUGUUUUAUAAUGUUGUUUUGGAAAUACUGAUUUUUAUAAUUGUUACUAAAAAUACUUGCUUUACACGUAUUUCAUAACAAUAGCAAUUGUUAAAAAAACUUUAAAAACUUCAAAAAUAAAUGUUUUAUCAAUUAGUUGAGUGGCAUUUUGUUAUUUAAAGUAAUCAAGGAGAAAAGGCAUAUAAGUACAUUCCUUUUCUGGAUUUUAUGUAUUGAUAUUUCAGUUUCAUACUUGAAAACAAAAUGACUAUGAAAUUCUCAUAUAUUUAUCUUUUAUAAUUAAAAUACAAAGGGAAGAAUUCUCUAACUCUUUCUGAAAUGUAUAUUCUUAUUUAUGUCAAAAUUCCUUUCCCCUCCUUGAAAAUAAAGUUCAUUUUAGCAUAUUUAAGGGAAAAAAAAAAAAAAAA